AUGGUGCUACCUCAGAUGGCCACUUGGAGCAUAUGGGAAGUCAGGCCAGCUCUGGCAAGAUGUUAGACAUAUGAAUGUAUUCCUUCUGAUAGUGCCAUCUCUCUCUACCCUAGGAAGAAACUCCUCUUACAGAGAGAGACUCAUCUGCAGGUGAUUCUCCAAGGACAUGGGAAGAUAGGUAUAAGCCCUGGAACCCAAAUCCUUAAGUGGAGGGAAUCUGCUUCCUGCUGUGAAUGAUGGCCAAACCCACUCUGAGAGGGAAUGGCACUAACUCUGAGGCUUUCCGACAGCGUUUCAGAAGAUUCCAUUACCAGGAGGUGGCUGGGCCACGGGAAGCUUUCAGCCAACUCUGGGAACUUUGCUGUCGGUGGCUAAGGCCGGAGGUGCGCACCAAGGAACAGAUUGUAGAAUUGUUGGUGCUAGAGCAGUUCCUGACCGUCUUACCUGGGGAGAUCCAGAAUUGGGUACAGGAGCAAUGUCCAGAAAGUGGAGAGGAGGCAGUGACUAUGGUGGAAGAUUUAGAAAGAGAGCCUGGAAGACCUGGAUAUUCGGUCACAGUCUCUGUGAAGGGGCAGGAAGUACGCUCGGAGAAGAUGACACCCCUGAAAUCAUCACGAGAGUUAUUAAGUGUUCGGCAGGAGUCAGUGGAACCCCAGCCCAGGGGUGUAUCCAAGAAAGAGAGGGCAAGAAGCCCAGACCUGGGACCACAGGAGCAGAUGAACCCAAAGGAGAAGCUCAGACCUUUUCAAAGGAGCGGAUUUCCAUUUCCUAAAUCCGGUAUGGUCUCCAGGUUGGAGCAAGGAGAACCAUGGAUCCCAGAUCUGUUGGGCUCCAAGGAGAAAGAACUCCCAAGUGGCAGCUACAUAGGAGACAGACGGAUACAUGCUGAUAUGUUACCAUCCAAAAGAGAGAGAAGCUGGGUAGAACAGGAUCACUGGGGCUUUGAGGAUGAGAAGGUGGCAGGUGUACACUGGGGCUAUGAAGAGACCAGAACUCUCCUUGCAAUUCUCAGCCAGACUGAGUUUUAUGAGGCUCUCCGAAACUGUCAUCGAAACAGCCAAGUAUAUGGGGCUGUGGCUGAGCGGCUCCGGGAGUAUGGCUUCCUUCGGACCCUGGAACAGUGUCGGACCAAGUUCAAAGGUCUCCAGAAGAGCUAUAGGAAAGUCAAGAGUGGCCACCCACCUGAGUCCUGCCCCUUCUUUGAAGAAAUGGAAACCCUAAUGAGUGCCCAGGUCAUUGCCCUGCCCAGUAAUAGCCUGGGAGAAACAUCCUCUCACUCUGGCCUGAUGGGCAGCGAUGCUGAGACUGAAGAGCCAGGGCAGGGGGGCUGGCAGCAUGAGGAGGAAGCAGAAGAGGCGGUGGUUGAGGAGUCUGACAGUGAUGAAGUGGAUCCAGAGGCUACCCCCCAGGACCCGGACAACUUGACUGCACCUGUCCUGUUCAGAAGCCCAAGUGGUGUACACUGGGGCUAUGAAGAGACCAAGACUUACCUUGCAAUUCUUAGUGAGACUCAGUUUUACGAAGCCCUCCGGAACUGUCACCGCAACAGCCAGCUGUAUGGAGCAGUGGCUGAGAGGUUAUGGGAAUAUGGCUUCCUUAGGACCCCAGAGCAGUGUCGGACCAAGUUUAAAAGCUUACAAACCAGCUAUCGGAAAGUCAAGAAUGGCCAAGCACCAGAGACCUGUCCCUUCUUUGAAGAGAUGGAUGCUUUGGUGAGUACGCGGGUUGCUGCCCUACCCAGUGAUGGUCAGGAAGAGACAGCUUCUUCCCCCAUCCAGGAGACCCAUGAGGCCAAAGCUGAGAAGCAAGCUGAGGAGCCAGAAGAGCCCUUAGAGGAAGAUUCUGAUGAUGAUGAUGAAGAGGAUACUGAGAUACCCCCAGGGGCUGUCAUAACCCGUGCUCCAGUCUUAUUCCACAGUCCAAGUGGUUUUGAGGCUGGACUUGAAAAUGAAGAGAAUUCAAAGCGAGAUAUUUCAGAGGAAGUACAACUGCAUAGGACAUUACUUGCAAGAUCUGAAAGGAAAGUUUCUCGCCGUCUUAAUCAAGAUAAAGGCAAUGAGAGUGAAUGUAGAUCAGGAAGACAGUGGGGUAAAAACCCAGAGGAAAAAAGAGGAAAACUGACACUUCCAGAGAAGAGUUUAAGUAAAGUCCUAAGUCAUCAGAGACCUUGCUUAGCAGAGAGACCCUAUAAAUAUGACAGAUAUGGCAAAAGCUUUGGUCAAAACUCCCUUCUCAUGCAUCAGAUAUCCCACCAGGUGGAAAAUCCAUAUAAAUGCGCAGAUUGUGGGAAAAGCUUCAGUCGGAGUGCACGCCUCAUUAGACACCGGAGGAUCCACACUGGAGAAAAACCUUAUAAGUGUCUUGACUGUGGAAAAAGUUUCCGUGACAGUUCAAAUUUUAUCACUCAUAGGAGAAUCCACACAGGAGAGAAACCUUAUCAAUGUGGUGAGUGUGGGAAACGCUUCAAUCAGAGCUCAAGCCUUAUAAUUCACCAGAGGACCCACACAGGAGAAAAGCCCUAUCAGUGUGAAGAGUGUGGAAAAAGCUUCAAUAAUAGUUCCCAUUUUAGUGCACAUCGGAGAAUACACACAGGAGAGAGACCCCAUGUGUGUCCUGACUGUGGAAAGAGUUUCAGUAAGAGUUCUGACUUACGUGCACAUCAUAGAACCCACACAGGAGAAAAACCAUAUGGGUGUCAUGAUUGUGGCAAAUGCUUCAGUAAAAGCUCUGCCCUUAAUAAGCACCGAGAAAUCCAUGCACGAGAAAAGCUUCUGUCACAUUCAGCAGCUAAGUUAAACCCCUGAGAAUAUAUACAAGAGCCUCAACAAAUAAUGUGUAUUGUUUGAAAGUCUCCCA